AUGUGUAAACUGCAGAAUCUGUUCCACUUGUUGACAAUUUCGACUCUGUCAAUCCUCUCUAGCUGCAGCUCGAGUCGUUUGCCCGGUUAUUUGAGGCGCCACAUGAGUCCAGCUGUCGGUGCCUGUGACGAUUUCUAUGGACACGCCUGCGGUGGUUGGGCGGAGGCACACAAGGAACGCGCCUAUCGCAGUCAAUUGGAGCAACUGGAUCAUGUCUACCAUGGCAGACUUGCCACACUGCUCGAACAGUCUCCUGCUGCGAAUCAGCCACGAUUCGUGCAACUUCUACGCGACAAUUACAACGCAUGCCGCAAGAUGCAGGGUCACUUCAAGGCGGCGCAGCUCGUACGCUGGCUUGCCACAUGGGGCAACAUAAGCUUAGGGCAGCAGCUGCAAACGGAGACGGACUACAGAAGAUUGAAUCUGCUAUUUGAUCACGGCUUUAAUCUGCAGUCAGACUCUGAAAGAUUCUUUAAAGCAGAGUCGGAGUCGCAGUUGGCGUCGACGCUGGAGGCGGUGCAGUGGCUGUUGCAGUUGCAGCUUCCCUGGCCAGUGGGAGUUGGCGAUGUUGCCGAUUUUCGGCCUUUGACACGCGUCCAGUUUAGACGUCUCUAUCGGGCGUUGCAGCCACUGGACCUGCCACCGCAGCUGCUCUGGCUAGAGAUCAAGCAGCUGGAGCGGCAACUAUGUCAGCCGCCACACCAAGAGGCAGAGCCAGAGUCAGGGGCGGAGGCGGAGGCAGAGGCAGAUGGAGUAAGCCCGCUGGCGGAGCAAUUAUUACCUGCUGACUGGCUGUUGCCGCUGCCGCUUGAUAAUGCCGGCAUGCUGCCUGCCACACAUUGGUCCCACUACGUGCGUCGCCUGCCCACAGUGCUUGCCACAAUACCAGUGCCACAGCUGAUGUGCUACGCGCUGCUGCGCCUGUUGCAUCAGCUGCAGUUGCGACCGGCUCCGACGUUUGGGCGUCAAGAGUGUGCGGCACAGUCACGCCACCUGUUGACGCAUGCCGCAGUCUGGCUGUUGCAGCAGCAGCAGUCCGAGGAGGAGCUUCAGUUGAUGCAUGCCACAAUGCAAGAACUAUUUGCGCAGUUGCGUCAACGUUUCAAGUUGAUGCUACUUUUCAAUCGCAACCAAUUUCGAGCUGACACUCAGCGAAUUCUGCUCGACAAGUUGCAACGCAUGCGGCUGCGAGUGAGCGUGUUGCCACAAGCAGACCAUGCCACACAGAGGCAGCAGCUGGAGGCACACUAUGCGAACUUGCAACUGAAUGACAGCGAUUACUAUGCGAAUCUUCUUGCCACGCUGCAACAGAUCGAGCAAUGGAAACGAGAUCGGGAGCGCGAUCAGGAUGAGGAUGGGGAUCGGGAUGUGGCAAGUUUACAUCUGCUGCAAUCAGAUGGCUAUGGCAGCUAUGCGUCGCCUUUUUUUCUGCCCGAUCGCAACUUGGUAAUGUUGCCAUUUUCGCUGCUUGCCACACCCCUUUAUCGCCCAAAUCAGGCAUCGGUGUUGACACAAAGUGCACUUGGAUUCCUGAUCGCACACGAGAUGUCGCACGGCUUUACGCCCACCGAUGUCCACUACGAUGGGCGUGGCAAUGUGGCAAGUAGUCAGCAAAAGAUGCACAUUCAGCGCAACACACGAUUUGCGAAUCAAAUUCGCUGCCUGCGUCACAGAUACAACGAUGUAACCGACAUCGAUGAGAAAUUCGCGGAUAUCAAUGGUCUCUCCUUGGCCUAUGAGGCAUUCAAUGCCACGACGCCUUCGACUAACACUUCGAUGCAGCAGCUCUUCUUCCUUAACUUUGCCCAGUUCUUCUGCCAGGACAGUCGCCAGCUGGAGGACAUUCCCCUGCACGGUGGCAGUCGGGAGCGGGUUAACGAUGCCGUCGCCAACCUCGAGUCCUUUGCUCGCGCCUUUUCCUGUGAAGGCCACAAGAAACACAAGUGUCGGCUGUACUGA